GCACGUGGCGCGGCCAAUUUCAGUGAACUGUAAUUCAAUUCGCGAUUUUUGGGUGGAAUAUAAUAAUGGUGGUCGUAGUUGCCUGGAGAUGGUUGUCAGUUGUCAAUAGUUUUGAAUUUCUGGGUCUCAUGCAUCUAGUAUCUCUGUUUUGCAAUGAGUAGCAGAAUACCAAUCCUGUUAUUAGAUGCAUCAGGCUUGAAAAGACUAUAGAAGUGCAAGGUUUAGUUUUAUGAGCGCAAAUAAAUCGGCCUGUUGUCAAUUUUAUUCAAUCCACGUGGAGACUUCGGGCCUUAAGUUUUACAAUGGCAUUGAAGAGAAAACCCUUAGACAUGGCACGCAGCAGACUGAAAACAAAAUUAAAUGAAAUAGAAGAACAAAAAAGUUCCAUUGAAAAUUAUCUUCAACAAAUGACAAGCAAGGUCAAGCAGUCCGCUUGCUCUUUAUUGGAAGAAAGCAACUCUGGGAGAUUUUUUAAAGCUUAUCGAACAGUGAAUCAACAAUUGGAAAAAUGUCUUGAAGAUCUUUUUAUCAUCAGUGCAUCAAUAUCAUCAAUUGAUGAUGAACAAACAGAGCUUGAUGGUCCUUUCAAUGAGGAAGAUGACCAUCAAACAGUUGAAAUUCUUAAGGAUAAAGCUAGUGCUCAGGACUUGAAGAACAUUGAAAAAGCUGAUUUAUCUGAUGCAUGCUCUCAGAAAGAUUUCAGUGAAGACACUUUGAAAGACUCUCUGUCUUCAGUACUUUCACUUAAUGAAUGUGCAAAUAUUGAACACAUUGUUAAUGAGUUAAGCUCUGAAUUAUCAACUGAUUUUCCACUUGUAACUGAGGACAGAAAGAAUGAUUCACAAGAUCGAUUGUAA